UCUAGACUGCCCACCACUGGUGACUUUCCCCCAUCUUGCAUGUAACGUUAACCACCGGACGGAUCCACACCAGCGGCCGUGGGCACUGCGGGAAAAAAAACCACCCGGGAUGGAUUGCUAGUAGUCGGUUUCUCUUUAUUCUCUUUCUCCAUGUGUCACCAUCCUCAAUGUCUCUCAACAGUUUUUAACUAAACAAAAUGAGGAUUAAUUGCAGACAGCUUCUCUUGCUAUUUUCUGGCUUUUGGGGGCUGACAAUGGGCGCUUUUCCGAGCAGCGUUCAGAUUGGUGGACUGUUCAUCAGAAACACAGAUCAGGAAUAUACUGCAUUUCGUUUAGCAAUCUUUCUGCACAAUACCAGCCCCAAUGCCUCAGAAGCACCUUUCAACCUGAUCCCUCAUGUGGACAACAUUGAAACAGCCAACAGCUUUGCAGUUACCAAUGCCUUCUGCUCGCAGUACUCCCGCGGGGUCUUCGCCAUCUUCGGCCUGUACGACAAGCGCUCGGUGCACACCCUGACCUCCUUCUGCAACGCGCUCCACAUCUCGCUCAUCACGCCCAGCUUCCCCACGGAGGGCGAGAGCCAGUUCGUCCUGCAGCUGCGGCCCUCCAUACGCGGCGCGCUGCUCAGCCUGCUCGACCACUACGACUGGAACCGCUUCGUCUUCCUCUACGACACCGACCGGGGAUACGCGAUACUCCAGGCUAUCAUGGAGAAGGCCGGACAGAACGGCUGGCAGGUCAGCGCCAUCUGUGUGGAGAGCUUCAACGACGCCAACUACCGGCGGCUCCUGGAGGACCUCGACCGCCGUCAGGAGAAGAAGUUUGUCAUCGACCUGGAAGCAGAGAGACUCCAGAACAUGCUAGAACAGAUUGUCAGCGUUGGAAAACAUGUCAAAGGCUACCAUUACAUCAUGGCUAACUUGGGGUUUAAGGACAUCUCCCUGGAGCGCUUCAUGCAUGGAGGGGCCAAUGUGACGGGUUUCCAGCUGGUGGACUUCAGCACGCCAAUGGUAAUCAAACUCAUGCAACGCUGGAACAAGCUGGACCAGAGAGAGUACCCUGGAUCUGACACUCCACCCAAGUACACCUCGGCGCUGACCUACGACGGGGUGAUGGUGAUGGCCGAGGCCUUCCGAAACCUGCGCAGGCAGAAGGUGGACAUCUCCCGCCGGGGCAACGCCGGGGACUGCCUGGCCAACCCGGCCGCCCCCUGGAACCAGGGCAUCGACAUGGAGCGCACGCUCAAACAGGUGCGACUCCAAGGGCUAACAGGAAAUGUUCAGUUUGACCACUAUGGACGCAGAGUCAACUACACGAUGGAUGUGUUUGAACUGAAAAACAAUGGGCCUAGAAGGAUUGGUUACUGGAACGAUGCAGAUAAGCUGGUCCUGAUUCAGAAUGAAGUUCUGCUUCCCAAUGAAACGUCGGGCAUGGAGAACCGAACAGUCGUUGUCACCACAAUAAUGGAGGGUCCGUACGUGAUGCUGAAGAAGAACUGGGAGAUGUUUGAGGGGAAUGACCAGUAUGAGGGUUACUGUGUAGACCUGGCCUCUGAGAUCGCCAAGCACAUCGGCAUCAAGUACAAGAUCUCCAUCGUGCCUGACGGCAAGUACGGAGCAAGGGACCCGGAGACCAAGAUCUGGAAUGGGAUGGUUGGCGAGCUGGUGUAUGGGAAAGCAGAGAUUGCCGUGGCUCCCCUGACCAUCACGCUGGUGCGGGAGGAGGUCAUCGACUUCUCCAAGCCCUUCAUGAGCCUGGGCAUCUCCAUCAUGAUCAAGAAGCCCCAGAAAUCCAAGCCGGGCGUCUUCUCCUUCCUGGACCCGCUGGCCUACGAGAUCUGGAUGUGCAUCGUGUUCGCCUACAUCGGCGUAAGCGUGGUGCUGUUCCUGGUCAGCCGCUUCAGCCCGUACGAGUGGCACACCGAGGAGCCGGAGGAGGGCACGGACGGCGAGCCCAGCGACCAGCCGCCCAACGAGUUUGGCAUUUUCAAUAGCCUCUGGUUCUCCCUGGGGGCCUUCAUGCAGCAAGGGUGUGAUAUCUCCCCAAGGUCUCUGUCUGGGCGUAUCGUUGGAGGGGUAUGGUGGUUCUUCACACUUAUCAUCAUUUCCUCUUAUACGGCCAACCUGGCAGCCUUCCUCACUGUGGAGAGGAUGGUUUCCCCCAUUGAAAGUGCUGAGGACCUGGCCAAGCAGACCGAUAUAGCUUAUGGGACGCUGGAUUCCGGAUCUACAAAAGAGUUCUUUAGGAGAUCAAAGAUCGCGGUUUACGAAAAGAUGUGGGGCUACAUGAAAUCGGCCGAGCCCACGGUGUUCACCAAGACCACGGCGGAGGGCGUGGCGCGAGUGCGCAAGUCCAAGGGGAAGUACGCCUUCCUGCUGGAGUCCACCAUGAACGAGUACACGGAGCAGAGGAAGCCCUGCGACACCAUGAAGGUCGGAGGCAACCUGGACUCCAAGGGCUACGGCGUGGCCACGCCCAAGGGCUCACAGUUAAGAAGUGCUGUUAACCUCGCAGUUUUAAAACUGAACGAACAAGGCCUGUUGGACAAAUUGAAAAACAAAUGGUGGUACGACAAAGGAGAGUGUGGCAGCGGAGGCGGUGGUGAGAAGGACAAGAGCUCUCAGGCUCUGAGCCUGAGCAACGUGGCCGGGGUAUUCUACAUCCUGGUGGGCGGGCUGGGUCUGGCUAUGCUCGUGGCCCUCAUUGAGUUCUGUUACAAGUCCAGAAAUGAGGCCAAGAGAAUGAAGCUCACCUUCACAGAAGCCAUGCGGAACAAGGCCCGGCUGUCAAUCACAGGCAGCGUGGGAGAGAACGGGCGUGUCCUGACCCCCGACUGCCCCAAAGCCGUCCACACGGGGCCCUCUCUCCGCCAGAGUUCAGGCCUGGCUCUGGUGUCCUCGGACUUACCGUGAAAACCAAAAAUAUCCUAGUGCCUUAAGAAAAACACAAUAUGGGGGAAAAAAAAAAAAAAAACCAAGAAUGAAAACGACAACAAAAUCAACAACAUGCUGACUAAGCAAAUCGGAACACGAAAACCGUUUACGAAGGGGAGACGUGAGAGCGAAACAACGACGUGAGGACGGACUGACGGGAUUGCAGCGAAGACCAGGCAACAUCAGACAGACAAAGACGCCUCCACUUUCAAUCAAUGGCCACGCGGAGGUGCCGGAUAUUGAUGGCAGCGUUUUUACAGAGGCCGUGGUACGGCCGCCCUGGGGGGAGCUGCCGCUGUGCGGGGAUCAGGGUCAGGCACUCAAGCUGUGAUGGGAGCCAGGAGAAAAAUGACCAGAAAACUGUUAACUUGAAAACAAACUGUGCUGUUCAGCGAUCUUUGCCAUUGACUUAUUUCAUAAAAUUGGUCGACGGGCUUGUCAAACACUUGACCGUUGACCGCAAGGAACCUCAACAGAGUCAACAACCCACCGAAUAUCCAUAACCAGCACGGGCAGCAGUCCCAAUGUUGCUGGAGUCAAAGAAUUAUAUUAAUAAAAUGACAAAAAUAAAAAUGAUAUUGUUGAUUUAAAAAAAAAAAAAACUAAUUACACAGUGUACUGUGAUACAAAGUAAACGUGUAAAUUCUGUUAAAAAGAAACAAUAGAAAUUAUUUAUAAUGUGUUUUAAAGAGACAGGAGAAGAGUGUACAACAUGCUUGCUUUUUAACAGGUGUAAAUAGUGAACAGAACAUAUUUCUCUUUUGUAACCAUCUUUCAGAAAUAAUUCAUUGCAAUAAUGGAUGUGAGGUGGCACCACCCACAGUAGGAACUGAAUCAUCAUAGAAAUCUAUUUAAAAUGAAAGAUCAUAAACAUUGUUACAUUUGCUGUGUCAUCUGCCCUGUUGAAACCUUCCAUGGACAGUUCCUAUCUGAACUUACGCAGUGAAUGUUAGCAGUGGUCUGAACCCAAACCAUGCUGAUCUAAAUCACAGUCUGGAUCUGACAGCAAUCAGCCAUCCCCAACACUCAACUUUAACACCCACUUUUCCAACCCGAAAACCAGCUGUGUUUCUGUGAACACGCAAGUUUGAGAGUAACAACAGUCCACUGUUUUGAUGUUUGUAGAUUGCGCAUUUUAAGUUGACUGUAUGUUUAUAUUAAAAUGUAAGGUACUGGGGGAAAAGGAAAAAAAUAAAUAAAAGAAAGGUUUAUUUUUUCAUUAAAGCAGCUAUAACUAGAGUUUGAGAUUUAAAUAAUUUUUAAUAAAAAUCAAAAGUAGACACUGUUUGUAGUGUUGAGAGCCAUGGCCAGAGCAAAGCUUGAGGCUUUGACCUAAGUUAAAACACUGUGGAUUUCCUUUAUGCCUUUAUUAUGGUCUGUUCAUAUACCUGCUCUUGGAAUGUGGAGGGAAUUAAAAGUGCUGUGGAAAAGUACAACCCAAUAAGGAGAAAACACGGGGAAUAAUGUAUCUAAUAUAUUCUGUUGGACCUUUCCGGAGGUCCAAACACCAAGGCAUCAAAAGGACAAUCUGAACACUUCCCUGCUCUCUUUUGAUUUGAUUUUUUCCUUAACCUGCUUCAGCUUGUAUUGUUGUCAAAAAAGUGCAAUGUUUUUAUUUUUGCAGGCCCCUCCAAACGCACAGACGAUGGAAGAUAGACAAGAGCUUUUCUUGAAUUGUCUGGAAGUGUAUGGCAACCUGGCCUACACAAAGGGUACAAUUCUCGCACCAAGAAUUGGUGUCUCAAGACGUCUGUAAAGCUAACCUGAUUGGCUUCCUAUUUUGGCUUUAAUUGUACAUCUUUAUUUUGAUCUUUUUUUUUUAGUAAAAUAUGAAUUCCA